UAGAGGCAAGACAACAACAGCUGAGGCAGAGAAAGGGUAGAGAAUUGUUGGAGAGCUGGGGCGACCAAUUCCCUGAGGACUCCAGGUGUUUAAAGAAGGGGGCACAUUUGUGAAGAUGGGAACUACACAAGAGGCAGGAGAAAAGACAUUGGCUCUUGGACCUGGUUUCCCCUGACCACUCCCCAGCAGGUGGAGGAAAGGCAGGCCUGCCUAGGUGCCAUCUUCCUGGACUUUGCCAAGUGACAGCUGGGCAGGUCUGUCGGCUUCCAGCCAAUUGUCAUGUGGAAUACCUCUCACCCCUACUGUGUAGGUGGAGCAACUGCCAUAGAGGGUCAGGGAGAACGCAGAAGCAGCAGGACUGGGGGCCUCUGCGAGACUUGGAGAACUGGAGCUGAAGGAGGAAUGGCAGGACGAAGAGUUCCCCAGGUGAGGAGAUUGCUUCCUGAAGAGUCUGACUCUUCUGAAGACCCCGACAAUCCUAAAAGAGACUCACAGGCAGGUACCCCCAGCACUUUAGCCCUGUGUGGCCAGCGCCGCAUGCGUAAACGUCUUUCUGCCCCAGAGUUACGACUGAAUUUGACGAAGGGGCCUGGAGAUAAUGGUGUUUCUCCCAUCCACUCUGUACCUUCCUCUCCUGAUGACAGUACUGACCUGGAAAUAGACGAAUUGGAGACACCUUCAGACUCUGAGAAGCUGGACAGUGGACAUGAAUUUGAAUGGGAAGAUGAGCUACCCCAGGCAGAGGGCCUGGGGGCCAGUGAGGCAGCUGAAAGGCUGGGCCAGGGUUGUAUGUGGGAUGUGGCUGGAGAAGACGGCCAUCGCUGGAGGGUUUUCCGGACAGGGCAGAGGGAGCAGCGAGUGGACAUGACUGUCAUUGAGCCCUAUAAGAAAGUCCUAUCUCAUGGAGGUUACCAUGGUGAGGGCCUCAAUGCUGUCAUCCUCUUUGCUUCCUGUUAUCUACCCAGAAGCAGCAUUCCCAACUAUACCUAUGUCAUGGAACACUUAUUUAGGUAUAUGGUGGGAACUCUGGAGCUGCUGGUAGCAGAAAAUUAUCUGCUUGUUCAUUUGAAUGGAGGCACAAGCAGGGCUCAAGUUCCACCUCUGAGCUGGAUACGCCAGUGUUACCGGACUCUGGAUCGGCGGCUAAGGAAAAACCUGCGUGCCCUGGUGGUUGUCCAUGCCACGUGGUAUAUGAAGGCAUUCCUGGCACUGCUUCGGCCCUUCAUCAGUUCCAAGUUCACACGAAAAAUUCGUUUUCUGAACAGCCUGGGAGAACUGGGCCAACUCAUCUCCUUGGAUCAGGUCCACAUCCCCGAAGCUGUCAGACGGCUGGACCAGGAUCUCCAUGACUCAGGAAGGACCUAGCCUGGGAUUGGAAUAAAAGGCCUUGGAACCAAGCAAAGAUAUCAGUCUGCCUACACCUUUACCCCCGAAACAUCUAAGCUGUUUUGUAAAUCAUCUCAUCGUCAACCGCAGUACCACGGGAUCUGUACAUCUCCGUGUGUCAUUCCUCCCCAGUCCUUGCCUUCCAAGCAGAGCUUGAGGUCUGGAACCUGAUCUGCUGGUGACUUUCAUUUCAGCAAGGAGUGGUCUUUUGUAUGGGCCAGUGCAAAGCUGUGGGUCUUCGUCCUGCUUUAGCUGUAGAACCUGGGGCAGUCACUUCAUCUCCAGGAGUCAUCUGCAUCCUCUUCAAGGAAGGGGCUGAGAUCUCUCCACCUGGGGUAUUCCAGGCGCCCGAUGAGGGGCCAUGGGAAGAGCAGGACUUCACCGAGCACAGCCAGCCUGCCUGUGGGAGCCAGCAAGGAGUCCAUGGCCCCCCUUUCCCCCCAAAGCUUGGAGAACCGCUGUCUGCCGCCUCAUUCCUUCUUAGUCCUGUCUGCUGCCUGUGAGCCUGGGAAGGAGUGUUUUCAAAACCUUUCUCUAGUCAAUCCAGAUGUGCAGUGCUCAAUAAAUUGCGAGAGAUUGAA